CCCUACAAGCUGAUGAAAGAAAUCAUUUUGAGCCCUUUCCUUGUAAAGGACAUUGCCAAACUUUCACCUACUCACCAAACCUACAGCCUUGAAGUGUUCCACUCCGUGGUGAAUCACUAUGCACCAAAGAGCACUCAUUUCUACUACCCGGCCAUGUAUGCAAGAUUGAGUGUUGCAGCUCUGCAUUUUAAUGAAAAUAGUGGAAGACAGCAGGCAACUUCCAAAUCUGGUGAAUUGCAGUGUGGAAUAUCUUAUCCGAAAGCAAAAAAGGGAUUAGAGGCAGUCGUCAAACCAAAGAAAACACCUCCAACAUUUAACUAUGUGACAAUAAUUAAACAAGCUGUUCAUGAACGGAGAAGUUCAGAGUGUCCAUCAUAUAGAUCAGCUGCACUGGAUAUUUCUGUCCUAAAUGAAGAUGUUCCAGUGCCACUCACUCAGAAUUUUGAACAUUUCGAGAAGGCAGCUUUAAUUCGCAGGCAUUCAUCAAGAUAUGCAAGAAGAUAA